AUGAUGGAUGACGCUGAGUGGACCGCGAUCGACACCACCAUCAUCCGGUGGUUCUUCACCACCAUCUCCAAGGACCUGUUCCACACGGUCGUGAGCGCCGGCGACGACGCCCGCACCUUGUGGGUCAAGCUGAACGACCUCUUCACCGACAAGAAGCUUCAGCGCCGCGUUUUUUUGCAGCAGGAAUUUUUUGACUGUCACCAGGAUGAACAAUCCAUUGAUGACUACUGCCGCCGCCUGAAGACGUUGGCGGAUGAGCUCCGCGACAUUGGCGCCAAGGUUGAUGACGACCUCCUCCUCAGCACGCUCACCGUCGGCCUCAACGAGGACUUCGGCAACGCCGCCUCCAACCUCACCUUGAUGCCGGAGCCCUCCUUCCCCAAGUUUGUGGUGUACUUGCGGUUGGAGGAGCGCCGGAUGAAGGAGGUCAAGAAGCGCGUGCAGUAUCACGCCAUCGCCGCCGGCACCUCCCGUGGCGCCCCACCACUGGUCGCCCCACCAGCGCCGCGCUAG